AUGUCGCUUGCUGCCACGGUCAACCCACUGGGCUUUUCCCUCUUUCGGCUGAUGACAUCACGGCCUGGGGAGAACGUGCUCAUAUCCCCGCUGUCAAUUUCUGGGUGCCUGUCUAUGGUCGCAGCUGGCUCCACCGAGGGAUCCGGAACAGAGAAAGAGCUGAUGUCCUUGUUAAACAGCUUGGUGCCCGGAUUGCCGGCAGACAGCACCGUGAAGAUGGCUAACUCUGCAUGGGUUCGCAUGUUGAUCCGCCCAGACUAUGUGGAGGCCGUGCAGGCGCGGUUUGGUGCUGAGGCCCGUGAGUUGGGGGAGAGCGCGGACCCUACGCCCAUCAACGAGUGGGUGAAGGAGAAGACCUUUGGGCGUAUUGGGUCGCUCUUCGACGGUGCGCUGGACCCCCUCACGGUGCUAGUGCUGGUGAACACCGUUUUUUUCAAGGGCUCAUGGGCGAAAGUCUUUGAUGUCACGCUUACCAAGAAAUCCGAGUUCAAGGGGUUUUCAUCAUCCCUCCCAUGCGACAUGAUGUACCAGAAAGAGAAGAAAGUGGCAUACACGGAGAAUGGAAUCUACCAAGCCGUGCGACUUCCUUACAGUGACAAGAAAACGUGGGCAACCAUCGUGCUUCCAAAGAAAGAGGGUGCAGAUGCAUUGUCCGAUGUGGCUGCUUCCGUAGACAAGACCUGGGCAGCCCUGGAGGGAGAGUUGCGCCCUGAGGAAGUGGAGCUACGUCUACCUCGCUUUCGCCUCAGUGCAGGUGGGUCGAUCAAGGCAGCACUGCAAGAGCUUGGCUUGAAGGAGACCUUUGUCCCGAAGGGUGGCUUCUUGAAGAUGUCAGACAACCCGGGGGUAUGCCUCAGUGAAGUGGUGCACAAGGCGACGCUUGAAGUCAACGAGGAGGGCACUGUUGCAGCUGCAGCUACUGGUGCGGUGAUGACGCUUUGCGGCCUUCCGGCUCCAGCGCUGAUUAUGAGAAUGACAGUCGACCGGCCAUUUCUUUUCAUACUGAGCGACAACGAUGGCACGAUUUACUUCCUCGGACAGAUUGUGAUGCCAGAGCUCGCCGGGCUCGAAGCCAUACUUAAAUUAUGA